AUGCGUGACGCGCAGACGGAGAGAGACAAGCGCAAGUAUUCGUCCAUGAAACUCGCGAGACGGCGCACCUUGUCGUCGCCGCAAGACGUGGCCGCUACGGCUGCCAACGACGCCGCUGCAGCGGCCGCGGCAGCAGCGCGCAGCGUGGCGGACGGGUCUGUUUACGGGUCGCUUUCGCGCCAUGAGUCGGUUAGAAGUACGACCUACAGAGAUACGGGCAGUCUUUUCAGGAGCAAGACCAUGACAGGGAAACCGACGUACAGUCUGCGGCGACGGGGGCCAGUCCCUCAGCCGCAAUCUUCGGGAUACGCGUACGCUCCUGGUAAACCAGGCGCCGUCGUCAGUAGCGGCGGCAGCGGUGGUACGGUUUCCGGACGAGGCCGCAAGACGUUUUUGCAGAGCGUGAAGGGCAUGUUUUCGUUUGAUCGCAAGGGCCGGAAGACAGUCAGCUCUGUUAUUGAUGUCGAGGAAGUAGAUCGUCUUGAGAAUGAAAUGCUGCAGUCUCAAGUGGCUGAAAGUGCUGCGCGCGAGUAUUUGUUUGAUGAGCCAAGUGAGCUUGGUGAUCUACCGCAGCAGCAGCACCGAGAAAGUGAUUCAUACAAUCCGUAUCUGGGAUUCAGGCAAUUUUCGGGAGAACCGCGUCGCCAGACGGGUGUCGAAGGCGAUGCCGGGCAGCAGUCUGCCAUUCUUAUUGAUCGCACAAAUGAUAGCUUCGGUGGUGAAUCAGAUAGUCUGUAUGCUAUCUCUCAGGUUCCGCCCCUUGAGCCUCGUCGAUUGCGUCAGCAGCAAUCGCAACAUCAGCAGCAGCAAAAAACGAAUCACUCGACGUCCUCUUAUAUGUCUUUCAUCCGCCGUCUGCAAGAUCGUGGCUCUACCGCCACUGCAUCAGCGACAGAGGAUAACAACGCGCCACCUGCUCAGAAGCCAAGGAUUGCUAACGUGAAGACCGUGUUUCCGAAUUAUUCAAAGCGACGAGCUCCGCCUGUACCUUCGUCGCAACCGGCUGUUGUGUCUACCACUUCCUUCUAUGCCGCUGAAGAGGUUACUGAGAUUGGAAGAUUUAGAGUACCCGGGGAACCCUCACGAGCGUCUCCGUCUGACCAAUCCCGGCAGGACCCUACAUCCCGCAAUGUGUCAUCCUCGACUAAUACCGCAUGGAAACUAGGAAGUGUGCGCGACAAACUGUAUAAGCUCUUCUCAAACUCCGAAGCCUCGCGCGAGACUGACGGCGAGAGAAGUCCCCAGCGAGCUCGUCUGCGGUCGGUCGAUAGACCUCUGUCUGAAGUAUUUGCCUCCUGUAAUGUCGACGAUGCGUCUCGAAUGCGGAAUGAUUCUAGAGAGGCGUCUGAUCUUCUGAAGGUGCCGGCGCAAGAAUGGCGUUCUAGCUCGUUAUCUGAGAAUUUGUAUACCCCUUCCCCAACCUGGACUAUCAACAAACCCGAUUCUGUCACUGAGAGUUCCAGAGCGCCUCUGAAUGCGAACAGCUCUUCUUCAGCUAGUGAACAGCCUCCGGGUGCGCGAGAUGGUACUGUCAGAAUGUCGAGCAGCAUCACGAGCACCACGAGUAAAAAUCCGUUUCUCGGGAUGGUGGCAGAGCAAUCGACGAAAGUGCGCAAAUUGUCGAGUUUCUUUCCUCACUAUGGGAUCCCCACUUCUCGCUCGACCGCUCUGUCAUUGACUUCGGAGGAAAGAGCAGGGGCGUCUUCCGUUUUUACGGGGACGAGCGGGUUUUCGCCUGAUUGGGACCGCGCAAGUAACAAGACGUCUGAGCGACCGGGUGCAAAAGUUGCUGUUGAAGACGGUGACGUGACUAUUUCCAAGAUCUCGUUUGACAGCGACCUGAUGCGUUCCACCCAAUCUUUCGCUAAUCGUGAAUCUGCUGCUGGUGCUCUUGUUUCCACCGAAGCUGCUGCGAUGCAAUCUACGACUAGUGAGACUGCUUCUGAUAACAAUGUGUUGGCGUCUGUGGUCAUGGAUCCAACGUAUAGAGAUACUGCAAGAUGGUAGAAAUUUGUAAUCAGCAUCUCAAAGUCUUUUUUUCUUUGUCUUUGUUUUUUAUGUUGUAUAAUUAGGUGGAUUGUUAUGGGUAUUUCGAAGAUGACAAGAGAGUCUGUGUUCAAAGAUAUGGGUUUAUGAUAGGUUUACUUGGCUUGAAGUAGUAAUAAAUCUCCAAGUUUUAACUCUUUAUGUCCG